AUGUCCAACGGCAACGCUAAUGAUCCCGCAUAUAAAUUGGAGUAUAACGACAUCUCGCUCAAUGAAUUGUUCGCCGACGAUAAGAUGCGACGGAUGGUAGUAGAUCUUCAACGGCAUUGGCUCACUGAAUACCACCAAUCCCGCCAAAAGUGUCUCGAAGAUCUCACUAAAAUGCUACAUGAAGAGUUUCGUUCGGAUAUGGACAAAGUUCGUCAAGACUUGAUGACCCAAUUCAAGCAGGAACUCGAAGCAACAAAAGUUGAUUUGGAACAGAAGCACGAAGAGAUACUGCAGCAGGAGAUUGCAAAGCUAGUUGAGAAGCAGAAAAAGGAACUGGCGUCUGCCAAGAAGAAGCAGUGGUGCUGGAACUGUGAUAAAGAAGCGAUGUAUCAUUGCUGCUGGAACACCGCGUACUGCAGCGUGAAUUGUCAGCAGACCCAUUGGCAAAAUCAUCGCAAAUUCUGUCGCAGAAAGAAACCAAGUAAUGGAGCCCCCGCUCGUGCCGCAGCUCCUGCCGCCGUCGUAUCCUCCAAUGAAAAUAUGGAAUAG